CUUUUAGAACCUACCGUACCGACCGUACCAACCCCCCUCCCCUUUUUUUUAGUCUUCCCCCCCCCCUACCCUCUCGCGCUCUCUCCUUCUUUACGCUCCCCUAUAUUACGAACUUUUUCUUUUUUUUUUUCUUAAUAACUCUUUUCCUCUUGCUUGUAUACACACAACACACACCUUUUUAUUUCUCUUUUUCUUCGCAUCGCUUUUAUUUCUUCCUUCCUAGACGCUGCACAACAACGCAACACAACUGAUGAAGGAAGCUAAUUCUAUGCGACAGGCAUACGCCACAUCAAGAGACCUGGAUGUUGUACUAGAAGAAAAUGAAGGCAACGUGUCCAUGUCGCAACCAGCAGGCAUGAGCUACCUAGACCAGGUUCUAGACCCAGCACUCCCCAGCUCGCUUAGUUUCUUACGAAGUAGUGCAGCACACACAAAGGCAACAACCACUUCGUCAACAGCUGCUUACCACCAUCACCACCAGCAUCAUACCACAGAUAUUCCUACUACGUCCUCCACCACCUCCUCCACCACCAUGGACAGCAACAGUAUGAGUAAUAGUCGACCUCCUUUACCGAUGCGACGUGCGCGUGCAGGAACUAUGCCAUCGCUAGUCCAUAUGCCCGAAGAACGAUCCCACCGAUCUCCGCUUCUACGUCCAUCAGCAGCAGCUGCUGCAGCUGCUGCUGCCAGCGUCACCGUCGAUACACGACACCGCUCUGGGUCCUUGAACUUACCCGUGCCACCACCAAUGCAAUUAUCGUUCGACGGUUCCGUAUUUGGGUCAUCAUGGGCAUCCAUGGAUAGAGAUGGUAAUUCGAGCCAACAACAGCAGCAACAACAAAACCGUUCGUCACUACCGUCACCGUCGACGGAGCAACUGUUGCGUGGCGACAAUGAUUUCAGUAUUGCGCGAACACUGCGGUCGCUAGGUUUGGAGGAUGAUAGAGCCAUGGGUGGCAGUGGCGAGAGUGGUAAUGUAACUCCUACCAGUAAUGGCUUAUAUCACCAUCAUCAUCAUCAUCAUCAUCAACAAGAUCAAAUGCAACAGCAACAAUCAGCCGAGAUCCAUGUACCCGCACAGCGAUCGCUCUUGUCUGGAAGUCGAAGCCGUUCUUAUUCAGUGAAUGCAGCUGCUAGAUACCAAGAUCCCGUUGUGACAUCAUCUCCUUCUCCUUCCAUGCAUAUUCCUACUACUACUACAGCUGCAACAGCAACAACAACUAGAACACGCGCAAGCACCAUCUCUCGUACUUUUGCUAGUCCAUUGGACAACCUGACAGUGGUGCAGCACCACCAAAAUAGGCCUCGUGCAUCGAGUAUGGGCCGAAUGGACUAUGGACGAUCGGCCAAUCCACCACCGGUACCUUCGUCUCUAUGGCAAAUGCAGCGUGCUCCUUUAGAAACGUUAGCGGACGAAGGCAGCGAUUUCCCUUAUGGUGACUCUCUCAAGCCGCCGCCACAACCUGCUGCAACCUCUACCACAGAGAAUGCAUUAUCACUGGGUGACUCUGAACUUUUGGCCAAUAUGUUGCAUAAGCAGCAACAGAAUUAUUCGGAUCCUUUGGUAUCUACAAGCGACCACCACCAUCAUCAACAACACCAGCAUCAUCAUCAUCAGCAGCAGCAGCAGCAGCAUCAAGAGACAAAUGCAUACACAAAUGGCAGUGGACCUGCAGAGCCUUAUUUGCAUUUCAGUCAGUCAACACCGACGUUCCGCAACCAUCAAGCGCAAAUGACACCUUCCACCAGCACACCUACUCAAGCAGCCACACGGUCGCUGUGGAUCGGCAAUAUAGAUGCAACCGUCAGCGUCGACAACCUGACACAGCUUUUCUCGUCGUUUGGCCACAUUGAGAGCGUCCGCUUGCUGUUGGAAAAGGAAUGCGCCUUUGUCAACUUUUUCCAAGUCGAGGAUGCGGUGCGAGCCAAAGAAGAAGUGCUAGGCCGACUCGGGGGUCGUGUAGGCAAUUGCAUUGUGCGCAUUGGAUAUGGACGAGCCGAUGCGGCUGUGCCAGACACGACAGCUCUUCAACCUACACGUGCUCUUUGGUUGGGUAAUAUCCCUCCAGGAACAGCACCUUCUACCUUGCUUCAUAUAUUCUCAUCUUUUGGUACCAUCGAGUCUGUGCGUGUGCUCUCGCACAAAAAUUGCGGGUUUGUCAACUUUGAACUCGUCGACAGUGCGGCCAAGGCCCGGGAGGCACUGUUACAGAAUGAAAUUGGCGUGCAAGGUUUUACCGGUGUCCGUGUUGGAUUUGCCAAGGUUCCACCUGCCAAAUCGAACUCAUCUGCUGCUGAAGGAGCGGCGCUGGGUGGUGGUGGUAGCACCACAAGCAACAGCAGCAGCAGCAACAAUGGCUCUACUACGACUGCUACUAUUAUUACUGCUGCUGCUGCUGCUGCUGGUGCCGGUAGUACCAAAUUACAAGCCAGUAAUGACCGUGCGACAGUCAGCGACGGCGAGUCGUGGCUUGCCGAUCUUUGGGACAUUAUGAAGCAGUUUGGUGCUGACGAGCCAUCCAUGAGUCUUGUUCAAGCACUGGAAGCAACAUCUAAUUAUUACGACGCUAUACCGCCGGUGCCUGAAUUGGGCGUGAACCGUAAAUUCGAUGCCAGCCGAUUACGCGAAAUUAGAAAGAAGCUCGAUAAUGCCCAGCGUGGAGGAAAAGAAGUGGAGACGAUCGCAUAUGAUUGCAUGGAUGAGAUUGCCGAGCUCAGCAGUGAUUAUAUUGGAAACACUGUCGUGCAGCGACUGUUUGAGAAAUGCUCAGAAGAAACAAAGACAGCAAUGUUAGAGCACAUUGCGCCUCAUUUGGCAGCCAUUGGCAUACACAAGAACGGUACCUGGGCUGCUCAGAAGAUCAUUGACACCGUCAAAGCUCCUGAACAGAUCCGCCUUGUCUGUACACACCUCAAACCCUUUGUCCCGCCACUACUCCUCGACCAGUUCGGCAAUUACGCAGUGCAGUGCUGCUUGCGACUCGGUGACGGAAACAACCAGUUUAUUUUUGAUGCCAUGGUAGAAAAGCUGCUCAACGUGGCACAAGGCCGUUUCGGUGCUCGAGCCAUGCGGGGCACAUUAGAAAACCAGCAUGUCACUGCGACCCAACAGAAAUUUGUUGCCGCAGCCCUCACACAAAAUGCAGUGUCACUCGCCAUGAACGCCAACGGCGCCCUUUUGCUAUCAUGGCUGAUUGACUCGUCCAACGUAGAGAACCGAUACAGUGUGCUGGCCAGCCGUCUUGUUCCACAACUGACACAGAUUGCAACACACAAGUUGGGGUCACAAAUGAUUCUUAAGUUAUUCAACCAAAACAACGACACCAAAGCACGACAGACGAUCUUGGCCGGAUUGACGAACGAAAAGACGCUGCACGAGGUUUUGGCGGAUCAAGUGCGCGGCGUGUCGCUGAUCCAAAAGAUUCUGGCCAGCUCGUUUAUUUCGACGGAGGAGCGAGACCAUUUGGUUGGAAAGUUAGGACCGUUAUUAUUGCAGCUGUUGGAGAAUGCGUCGGACAGUAACAAUCAGGGCGCUGGUCACAAGAAGCUAUUGGAUGAAUUGCUCGCUCUGGAGAAUAACACCAAGGACGUCGAACACGAUCAUGGCGUGGGUCAUGAAGACAAGGAUAGCAACAACGACAGAGAAGGCGAUGAGGACGAUAAUAACCAUAGUAGCAGCAGCAGUAGCGAUGGCAACGACAACAAGCCAAGUGGAGAUGACCAGUAAAAAAAUAAGAAAUAUUACGUAUACCCCACUAAAUAUUCUUCAUACAACAACAAACAAGCAAGCACUCAGACAACAAUCACACACCACAUCCUUUUCUCUGCUCUCUCUUUCUUUCUCUCUCUCUCUACCUCAUCUUACUUACAAGAAGAUCGACACACACACUCACGCACACACACAUUCGGCCUGUAUAAGUAAAACACAACAAAAAGAGAGGGAGGGAGAGAGAGAGAGAGAGAGAGAG